AUGACGGGCUGCAGUUGGCAGCUUGCUAUCCCAGAAGGAGAGAAGGGUCAGAUGAGUUACCGGCAGAUUUCACCCGAACUGCAGGCUAUUGCGCAGAAGAAUCUGAAUGAGGACCCCAAGAGGAGGGACGAAGACAUCAAGCACAUCAAGGAGUGGCUCAAGAAGCAGCCUCACCUCAAGGCUCGCGAUGACGACCAGUGGAUCCUGACGUUCCUGCGCGGCUGCAAGUUCUCGCUGGAGAAGACGAAGCACAAGCUGGACAUGUUCUACACGAUGCGCUCAGCACUGCCGGAGAUAUUCAUCAACAGAGACCCCUUCUCUCCGAUAGCCCAGAAGUAUCUCAACUCUGCGUAA